UCCUGAUCUAAACCAAACCUGGUAUAGUAGAAAAGAAACUAGAAAAGUAAGCAGCCAUUUACAAAUGGUGUUGCAAGACAAGUGUCGUCUCUCAUGGACGCGUGUCUUUUCAUCCUUCUUCCUGCUUCUUCCAUUACUCCUCCCCCUUCAUCCAACUGCUUCAAAUUUGCUAACUGCAACAACACACAACCAACAGCGAGUUCUUCCGCAAACUAAAUCUUCUUAUCAAUCUACAUCCCAAAAUGAUAAGGGGUGGGUCUGUUGUUUGUUUAAAAUAUGGGAGUAAUGCUUGUAAAAAUAUCAUGGCUACACAAACUCGGGUUCAUACCCGUUCUCUCGUUGUUUCCAGGACAGUGGUGGUGAGUUCAAUGAAAAGAAUGAAAAAAUUAAAGAGAGUGCUACUGAAGAAGAAGUUAAGGAAGUUUCACCUCUUAAAAAUGCAUUGAAGUACUUCGAUGCCAAAUUCUUCAGCGAUGAAAAGGUGCUGGAGAUGGGUAAGGGUGCGAAAGACUUCAAUGUUCCAAUUUAUAGAGCAAACAGGAAACUGGUUGCUUCCGAGGACGGGGGGUUGCAUGAUCCAUCUGUUUUGGUUUUCAAUCCUGAGUGGAGUAGUAGAAGUAGUACCGAUGCAAAAACAUCCCAGAAUAUCCACAAACGAUUUUCCUGUCCUACUGCUUCUGGAGUGCAAAAGCCUAAUCUGGAUGAAGAUGUCGCUCUCAUGAAUGUUUUUGAACUAGGACACCUUCUGAAAACAAAGCAAACUACAUCUCAAGAACUUACUGAAAUAUUCUUGAGAAGAAUGAAGAAAUAUGAUCAUGCUCUUGAAGCUGUAAUCUCUUACACAGAAGAGUUGGCAUUCAAGCAGGCAAAAAGGGCUGAUGAUUUACUCAACCAAGGAGUGUAUUUAGGUCCUCUCCAUGGGAUUCCCUAUGGACUAAAAGAUACCAUUUCUGUCCCCCAAUAUAAAACCACAUGGGGUUCGAAAACAUUCCAAAAUCAAGUUAUUGACAUGGAGGCUUGGGUAUACAAGAGGUUGAAAGCCGCCGGAGCCGUUCUUAUAGCAAAGCUCGUCACUGGAUCUUUAGCAUAUGAUGAUAUAUGGUUUGGUGGAAGGACACGAAACCCAUGGAAUAUUGAGGAAUUCUCAACUGGUUCAUCGGCUGGUCCUGCUGCCAGCACAUCAGCAGGGUUGGUUCCAUUCGCUGUUGGUUCAGAAACAGCUGGCUCUAUGACCUACCCUGCUGCUCGUUGCGGUGUUACAGCAAUCCGCCCAACUUUUGGGAUGGUGGGUCGAACAGGUGUUAUGAGCCUCUCAGAAAGCUUGGAUAAGCUUGGCCCAUUCUGCCGAAGCGCCACGGAUUGUGCCCUUGUUCUGGAUGCAAUACGAGGAAAGGAUCCGGAUGACCUCUCAUCAAAAAACAUUAACCUUGAGGAUCCCUUUUCUACUGAUAUUACAAAGCUCACAGUUGGAUACCUUGAAGAUGCUGAGAUGGAGGUUGUAAAUGUUCUUGCCUCAAAAGGUGUUAAUGUGAUUCCUUUCAAACUGAAUUACACGGUCGAUUCUGUUCAAGGCAUCCUGAACUUCACAAUGGACGUUGACACGUUAUCUCACUUCGACAGUUGGCAACGUACAGGACAGGAUGACGUUUAUGAAGCUCAAGAUCAGUGGCCUUUAGAGUUGCGGCGUGCACGAAUGGUACCUGCAGUGGACUACUUGCAGGCACAAAGAGCAAGAGGAAAAUUGAUUCGGGAAAUUCGCGAAAGUUUUACGGUUGAUGCAUUUAUUGGAAAUGCAACUGAUUGGGAAAGAGUUUGCAUGGGAAAUCUAGUGGGUAUGCCUGUCGUCGUUGUUCCUACGGGGUUCAAAAGCAUCAAGAAUCCACCUUCAGGCAAUAUUCGACGAAGAACCACCGUAACUACUGGCAUAUACGCUCCGCCUCAACAUGACCAUGUCGCUUUAGCACUGGCCAUCGCAUACCAGUCCGUCACUGACCACCAUAAGCAACGGCCACCUAUUGAUGAUCUUGGUCCAGAUGAUUCAAUCCUGAAUCAUCCUAAAGCCGAUUACCCUCCUCGUCGUUGGCAUCUUUGAGGGUCCUCCUCAAAUUAAUGCAGUGGCAGUUGCUUGAAUGGGAUUGCUGCUCUCCACAUUCAAAAUUAGAGACUUCAGUUGGCUAGUUACAUUUGUUUCUCUUGUGCGUGGUAUUUUAGUUUCAAAUAUGAACUGUUUAUCUUUGAAGUUUGUUAAAAAUGGUGAUCAAGUCAGGAGGGCAGUGUCUCUGUUAACAUGAGUUUUGCCAUCCAUCUUACUUCUGCUUCAUUUU